CCUUUAAGGCAGAAGAGCUGGCAAUUUGGGGUGGCUUCGGUGAUGGGUGGAAAAGAUAGAAAAACAGGGUCCGAUCUGCCUGGAAACUCUGGUCGAUGGUCCACCAACUCCAGGCCCGAUGAAUUACUAUGAUGAGGAAAUCACCAGGCUGCACCACGGGGAGGAGUCCCACGAAGCGGGGUGCCCGUGCUCGUGUGGGGAGUCCCACUAUGGCCACACCGAGUGCCCCCCUAAAGAUACCCUGACAGAAGAUGACAUUUAUUGCUGCUCUUUAUCCAAGACGUUGUGCCAUACCUCCACCCCAGUCAUUGUGGGCUUCUAUUCACCAUGUGGAACUCGCCUUCACUCCCUUCUCGACCAGAUUUCAGGAUGCAUGGUCAAAGAAUCCAUCCGAAGGGAAGAAAACGAGUUCAGGAGGACUCAUCAGAGGCCCCGACUCCCACAAGGGACGAACUAUCUUACCCUCCUCUGGUACCUUGUCUUCUACCAACCAGUCGUCACGGAGGUGCACCUUCGAAGAAAAACCAUUGAGUUCCUCUUCAUAAGGUUCAGCGCCUGGGAGUAUGCAGGCAGUGACAAGUUGUGGGCUGGGUUGGUCACCACUCUGUGUGACCAUAUCCGCCACCACUUUGGUCCUCUUCCCUUGAGCUUUUUCCACGUGGUCGGAAGCCACCCUCAGUUUGCCUCAGGAUUCACCCAGCAAGAAUGGAGGCUUAAAAGGAAAACAUGUUGCACGGCAGGAGGACUCGUGGUGGUUUUGCUAGCUGGCGCAGGCCUGGCCACUACUGCCGUCUUUGUGCCAGAACUAAGGGAUGGGACAGUCUUGAAGAUCCUUGGUAGCACCAUCGCUGGCAUUUCAGGGUCGGGGCUCGUCAUAGCCAUCACUCCUGUGCUUAAGCACCUGAUCAUCAGCCAGAAGAAGAAGAUAGAGAGCAUGACCAGUGAUGAGAAAUUCACCAGCCACCUGGGUUUCAUGAGUUCAGUGAAGAGAGAGAUCGAAGUCCUCACCAACUUUGUGUACUACAUGGAAAUCUUUGAGCGUCAGCGCCUGAGAAUUGUCUUUGAGAUUACGUGUUUGGAUAUGUGCUACCCGGAACGGGUGGUUGGGGUGCUGAAUGCCAUCAAUACGCUACUUUCAGACAGGAAUGCCCCAUUCAUCUUCAUCCUGGUUGUGGACCCCUGUGUCAUUGUUUCUUGCUUGGAGCAGGCUAGCUCCAUGAAGGGAAUGGCCGACAAUGGGUACCUGUACCUCAACCGCACAGUGACCCUUCCCUUCUCCAUUCCAGAGAUUGGCAUGCGAUCAAAGAUGCAUUUUUUGCGCGAGGCUUUCCAGACACGGGAAGAUCUAAUGUACAGCAUCAUUACAAGGAAUAUGGAGGCGGGAGUGACAAAGACCAAAGGGAAUGAUGCAGCUUUGGUGAACUCAGAAACGCCAGUUGAAAUGGACCAACACCAGAUUGAUGCUCAGGCGGUCCAGUACAUCCAUGAAGCUUUCCAUUGUCUACAUAAUGAAUAUGAUUGCCUCUACAAAUAUGUCCCAGAUAGCAUUGUCCAGAUGAGAAGGAUCGUCAAUACCAUCCCAAUUACUAUCAGGCUUAUGACUCAACAGCACAUGCUGAGGCACAAUCUCUGUCCCCGGUCAGUGGCAAGUUGGGUGGUCUUGGCCAACCAGUGGCCAUGUCGCUUGAGUUGGAUCCUACAGUGCAUGGAAGACAGGCUGCAGAGCCGGCCACCGAACGAUUAUGAGAAGGAGUUGAUGUGGAGCGUCUUUGUGGAGACCUGCCAUGACUUUUUCUCCAAACACAAGGAACUUCAGAACAUCCUGGCCUUAGAUGGUGACCCUGAACUUUUUGAGAGAUUCUUGUCAUGUGAUUUUCCCUUCACCAUACAAGAAGGGAAACAACUGCUGAUGUAUACUGUCAACUUAGACCAUUCAAUAAGGUAUAAGAUGGGACAGCUGCAGGCUUUGGCUUCUCUGGAGAGAAACUAUGGCAAACGUGAAACAAAUUCAGACAGAAGAGUUUAGGGACCAUGGAUUCCAUGUGCCGUCCCAGGGAAUUCUGGAGUGAAAGAAACUUAGCAGAAUUUCAUUUGCCAGGGAGAUGGGAACAAAAAGGGCAGAAAAGCUGUAUCAGAGGUUGCUUUGUCUGUCUCUCCAUCCCCCCAGUGUGGAACUGCAAGAGAAGCUCUGAAUAUAUUAGGGUGCAAAUCAUCUGGGCACCAGGCCGUCUCACCCAGUGACGUGGAUGCCAAAAAUCAAAAGCAACUGACUUUUUAAAAAAAAACGUCUCUGCCAUCUCACGAGGUUGCCAAACUGCUUGAGCUGUAGGGAUCUGGAGAGAUUUAAGUCAUGGCUUUUUAAAAAUUAAUUCAAUUAGGAGUUACGUUACUGCCACCUGGGGCUGCGCUGGUGGCUUUUAUUCUAAGAUGCUCUUUCAGUUCAGCACAGGAUAACGGGGAAGCGAAAGAGCCAAUGUUUUUGUGAAAUGAGCAUGUAUUUUAGUAUGCUUCCUAGAAGCUUCUGGGGAAAAAAGUACUGGGAUUUCACUGCAAACCAGUUAACGGCAGGAGGUCUUGUGAUGAGAGGCAUCUAUGUGGGGGUCAAUAAAGUCAAGAUGGCAGCCACGAAUGCUCUGCUCAAAGCCGUUCUUGUUCUAUUCUUAUGCAUGUUGCACAUGCCACACACAUAAAAAAGGGCAAGUCUUCAA